CCCAACCAGCCUCCGUUUACAUAAUAUUUGUUAAUGUUCUGGACUUUCUCUUUCUCUGCAGGACAUGCUGGUUUCUAAAGUGCUGCUGACUGAUAUUGAUGUGUAGGUUAAACCUUGUUUACGUGUGGGAUUACAGAGUGAGGCUGGCGUCACGAUUUGUUUGAAAGAAUCCUUGUACUCAUGGACUGCCGAGAUGAAUCUCCCGGACAGUUCAGGGACUUCCGGAAGGACGACUUUGAGGCUGAUUGGAUAAAGUUGUCAGAAGGCAAAUUUGGUCAGGUGUACCAAGUCAAACUCAAGUUGGGGCAGGAAAAAUGUGCUCUGAAAACCUUCGACACAACCUUGCGUGCCAACAACUUUUACAGCAACAUAUCCAAAGAGGUGUCCAACGCGGCCAGACUAAAGUUCAAGAACGUCAUAUCCAUCUAUGGACUCUGUAGCGAAGCAACUGCUGUCGUGGUGGAAUUUAUGAGCGAAGGAUCCCUGAACAAUCUCCUCUCCAGUCACACUUUAAUGUGGACAAAGAAAUUCCAGAUGAUUCACGAGGUUUCUAUGGGCAUGGAUUUCCUCCACAGCAUGAAACCCCCAAUGCUCCAUCUUAACCUCAAAACAUCUAAUAUCCUGCUAGACGAUCAUCUUCAUGUGAAGAUUUCAGAUUUCAAUAUAAUACAGUGGGAGGAGGGCAUGAGUAAGGCGGUGUUCAUGGAGCGUCUGCUGGCCAGAGGUAACAUAAGCUACAUUCCUCCUGAGACCUUCACUCAGUGCCCCGAUCCACCAGGAACUACCUUUGAUGUUUACAGCUUUGGAGUUGUGAUGUGGGAGAUACUGACGCAGCAGAAACCGUACGCAGGGGACCGCGUGACAACGUUGAUCCUGCAGGUCUCAAAAGGGAAGAGACCCAGCUUAGACAUUAUUCCAGAUCAGAGACCUCAAGGGAGUGACCAGAUGAUCAGCAUCAUGAAGGAAUGCUGGGAAAAGGAUCCCACAAAGAGACCAGAAUUUUCAGACAUUUUGAAAAAAACAGAAUCUCUGAAUGAAACGUGGAUGCUCACCGGGUCAAUCCAUUGUCAAAAAAAUGGCACAACUGGACAAAAAACAAAAUACCCAUGGCUGGUCUCCCCUGCACAUGAAGUCACAUUACCCGAGGCGUCGGACACUCCUUCAGGCGAUGGCCAGGACGGCAUUCUGUUUUUGCUUUCCAAAAAGGACUUCAGUGGUUUCAGGCAGUCUGUGAAGAAAGAGCAUGUAUGUGCACAGUUUUCAGGCCAAAAGAGUCUCCUUCACUUCACGGUGGCCAGCGGGGAUUUAGAAAGUGUCAAGCAUGCCCUGAGUCUGGGCGCUGAGGUCAACUGUACGACUGCCAGAGGUUACACUCCACUUAUAAUUGCUGUUCUGCAAAGGUCACAUGACAUCAUCUCUUUGUUGCUGGAACAUGGAGCGACUGUCACACACGGCGAUGAGGAUGGGUGGACACCUCUACACUUUGCGGUGCAGAACGGUGACGACAGGACUGUACGUCUACUUUUAGACAAAGGAGCUGUUGCAGACGUUCUGGAAAAUGAUGGAUGGAUGCCGCUCCACCUGGCAAGUCAGAACGGCCAUGAAACCGUGGUGCGUCUGCUGCUGUCACGGCUUCAUGAGGGGACAACUGUAGACCAGGUGGAACAGCAUGGAAGGACUCCACUUCAUCUCGCUUCCUCCUAUGGACAUCUUAAUAUUGUCAAGCUCCUUCUCACUCACGGAGCAGAUCCAAAUGCCACCGACAAGUCCCUAUCCACCGCUCUUCAUCUAUCGGCUGAUCAAGGCCACAAUCGCAUUGUCAGACAAUUGUUGAAGAGUGGGGUGAAUACGGACAGUCCAGACAGUAGGAGAUGCACACCGCUUCACCUGGCUGCCCUAAAAGGUCAUGCAGGUAUAUGUAGGCAGCUUUUAUCAAACGGAGCCAACCCAGAGUCUAAGACUCUCCAGGAGUGGACUCCUAUGCAUCUGGCAGCUCUGAGAGGACAUGAAGCUGUGGUGGUGCAGCUGGAGAGUUGGGGUGAUACCGUGAACUCGAAAGGUCAGAAUGGAUGGACUCCUCUGCACCUCGCCUGCUACCGAGGUCAUCCAGAAGUCGUGGCAAAGCUUCUGUCAGCCAAAGCCGACCCAAACAUCAAAGAGGACAAAAAGGGGUGGACGCCACUGCAUGUGGCGUGCAACAGCCUAAACUUUCCGUGUGUUCUGCAUCUCAUUUUACACAAAGCAGAUGUGAAUGCAUUAAAUUCGGGAAAAGCCACACCCUUACACCUGGCUGCGCAGCAUGGCUGUGUGUCCACCGUGAAGGCUCUGUUGAUGAAUGGAGCACAGAGGUCUUUGCAGGACUCCUCUGGGUCCACACCGCAAGAUGUGGCCCAGCAGUGUGAAAAAUGGGAAAUUGUCAAGCUACUUGAAAAGGAUGAUUAAGUGUCUUUUGUUAUUGUGACCAGUGUGUUUGAGUGGAUUAAAAAAAAAGCUUAAAAGAAAGAAACAAAAAACAGAUUAUCCUUCUCAUUUUGUGUGAGGAUUUUGUUAAGUUUAAAGUGUGAUUUCAAAGAUUAUUGAGCUUUUUGUACUUUUUGGGUAAAAUAUUAUUAUUAUACAGCUGCAUUCAAAGCAUACAUUUGAAGUGGCAAUUGCUGGCUCCAUUUUAACUAUCCAGCAGCAUUAUAAAAAUCAUUCAUUCUGUUACAAAAACUCUCCAUUGUUUGAUUUGUUCUGCACUAAUUUUGCCUACAAUCAGGAAGACAACAGCCGGGCAGAAUGGGAUCUUGCCAUUUAUGCAUCAUCGGUUAUUGAAAAUGAAAAUAAUUGCUUCAAAGCCUGUAAAAUCUGACAAGAGUAUUACUGCGAAAGAAGGCCAACCAACACAUUGAGGUCGGAAUCAGAUGAAGUGGAUUAUAAUGACAAAACUUACUGUUUCUUCUCAUUAAAUGAUAUUGCUUGUGUACCUCCUGUGUGUGCUGCUCUCACAGAUAGAAGAUGAAAACAUGAACAUAUAGGAGCAGCUAUAAUUUUGGACAGUUGUUGUGGUAAAGAGCCAUGUCUGCUAAAUGAUCUGAUUAAACCAAAUUUCACAGACUUAAAAUCCUUAAAUAAAAAUUUCCAAAUGCAUUUAACACAUUUUUUAUGCUCGACGACAAGGAAAGAUAAUUAUCAGUCAUUCCCCACCACUAUCCUGCAUUUGCCACACUAAUUCAGCUCACUGACAUCUUAUUAAAUUGAAAUGAAAUGCAUGGAUUCGGGAGCAGCGUUGAGCUGUGUAUUCACUGGGUUUCCCCUGGAACCGCAAGAGGCUGAUUCGGAUAAAGAGCUGAGGAUUGAACCCGAUCAAAUUAAUGUAAAUGAAAAGUGCAGAGUUAAAAUGGGCUCUGGCAGAGCUUCAAAUCUUUCUUGGUUGCUUAGUGAAUGUCCUCUGUGUCAUGCUCAAAGUGCCGUUGUAUUCAGGAAUAAUCAUUUGUCCCCCUUGUGCCUUACUCUAUGCAAUUUGGGUUCUCUUGGUCAUCUUGUUUGACUUUAUUUGAGGCAGUUGUUAAUGUGUAUGGCAUGGUGACAUGAAUCCAUUAACCUUCUUCCAGUUUCUUUUUGUUUUACAAUAAAGCCUUUAAAAAUUAACUGCUCAGUGUGUUUUGACCCUUUUCUGUUCUAUUAAGAGAGCAAGAACUGAACAUCAUUGUUCUGCUGAACAAUAAUCCUUAAGAUAAAUCCCCUAAAACGUUGUUUCCUACAGGAUGAUAACCUCACUAUUCUCUUCAAGAGCUCCAUGACCAAUCAGAACGUUUCUAAAUUAAGAAAAUCUCCUUAAGUGUGUGAAGGCAAUCGUGACACCGCUAUGCCUUGGAUACUCAAACUGAUUUUUUCUGCAUCCCCAAGAUGCUCCCCUGUGUCCUCAUUACGCUCUAAACCAGUGGUUCUCAAACUCUUUGUAAUGAGUACGGCCUCUUUAAAAACUAAGCUCACCGCAUCAUGCCAGAUAUUAAAAACAGCAGUGACACGAAGCUUAUUUUAAAACAUGACAUAAAUGGGCAAAUUGAUCAAACCUCCUAACCUCACCCUAGUUCAAAGUUGGAGUUCAAAAUACGAUGGUGUCUUAUUUUCAUUGCUCACCACAUGCACUGCAGCAUUCUCAGCUGCACAACAACUGAAUGCAAAUAUCGGGGAUAAUUUAAAGUGAUACUUCGCAACUUUUGAUAUUUUUAAAUAAUUUUCUUGAGCCAGUUUGUGCUAAAAUGAUCCUAUACAGAGUUAAUGAAAGGCCACCCAGCCCCUAUCACCCCCUGCAGCCAGAAUAUCCCACUUGCAACUUCAGACUUGCAGGCUGCUAUGUAUCCUGCACAUUUUAGAUCAUAUUUUAGUUAGCAUUUCAUUUAUUUUUUUCUUUUGAAACAUUAAAAUAUGCAAAGGGGGUAGGGUCUUAAAAGUGCAUACUUCAACCUACCUCCAUUUCAAACAAUUGACUGUUACAAAUUAUUAUUAUUGUUAUUUGUUUAAUAUUUGAAAUAAAAAACACAGCUGAUUUGUUCAAUUCAGUGAUGACUCACUCCUGUAGACACUAAUGAAGGCUGGGGAGACAUGUCAGCUGUUAGAUUAAGGUAUUAAAAAGACAAAUGCACAGUGAGGAGAUAAGUUUUGCUUUCGGUUUCUACGAACAGACACUAGGGGGUGCUAGUGCUAGAUUUUUAUCACCGUUUUGCCCCUUUAGUUGAUAGCAGGUUCUGCAAAAAAAAUCUACAGAGGGACUCAGUUGUAGUCUCAUUAAAUCUGUACCUAGGACACAUGCUCAUCCUGCUCAAAAGAAGCAGAAAUGUUACACAAGCUCCUCGUUGACUUUAGGCCAAUCGUUUUUGCAAGAGUCACUCGUCCAUUGGUCAUGCAUCAUUUUUUUCAUCAGAAAUCAAGCAAUGUGAAGCUCAGAAAUAAAUAUGUUCCUCACCAUCUAAAUGUUUUCUUUAUAACUGUAAUUUGUUAAUGAAACACCAUAUUGUUCUUUGUAAAAAUGUGAAAUUACAAAAAAAUCUACAUCACUCUGUGCCCAAAAAGCUCUCAAAAUUCUUAUGUGAUUUUAAAAAAUGGAUUAACAUAAUUAGCAUCCCCAGAUGUUUGCAUAAAUGUUGAUUUAUUCUGUAUAUUUCAUCAGUUCUUAUCUUUUAAACCCACUAUUUAUUCAAUAAAGUUCUUGACUAAUUAAAUUUUGCCUCAUUUCAACAAAGCUGCAAAGCUGCUUAGGUUCUCUAAUUCAUCAAUUGUUUUUUUUUUUUUUUGCUUUUAUUUCACAUUUCUUUUUGGCAACAUAAACAUGUAUUCCCCAAGAAAUAUGUUUCCUAUGUGACUGAAUGAAUCUGUGUUUACAGUAGUCUCUCACUAUAACGCGGUUAACCCUUCGCGACUGAGCAGUUUUGCAGAUUUUUUUUCCCACGAAUUAAUACAUGGCGACAAUGAUAUAUGACUUUAAUGACAAUACAAUCAGAAAACGGAAAAGGUUGGCGAACAGAAAAAAGAACCAAUCAGCAAUUGGGAGAGGUGGGACUACAUGAGAAUAGAACCAAUCACAGUUCAGUUACAGUAAGUAUACAAUGUUUUUUUUGUAUUAAAACUACAUCUUAGAGGCUCUAUUAUGUAAUGUCAGGAAUCCAAGUACACAAUGAAAUAAACAAGUUUGCAUGUCUUUUUCUAACAGCACAUUGAGAGUGUUUAUACAAGAGAGAAAAGUGUGAAAUGUUAAUGCCUGUCUGAGAAAAGCGUAUAAAGUGUGUACUUAGGGAUUUUACAGCCUUAAAACAUCUAUAAUAUUUGCAAAUAACGAAGCUGGCUACUUUGCAGAUUUUGCUUUUUGUUGGAACAUAACCCCUGUGAUAAACGAUGGACCACUGUAUAGAUAAUUUUAUUUAUCUUGUUUUGUCUGGGAUUAUUUAUUGGUCCAAAUAUCAGUAAUAACAUUUUUCUCUAAAAGUACAUAUUCUAUUGAUGCAAAUAUCACUCACAGGCAAUGAACUCCCACUCUAAAGUUGAAACAUUUAACUUUCUACUUAAAGAAUGCUUUUACAAUAUAAAUACUCUAGCUAUGGUAAUGAUAGAUGUAUUUGUGAAAGUUUUUUUCCUACGAAGACGCAAAGAACUACAACUGCAAAUUUGUCCAGAUCAAUCAAAUUCUUCAUUGUCAACGUGCUAACGUAGCUGUUACAAAAGUAGUAAUGUGACUUCUGCUAGUUGUACACACAGCCAAUCAUCUAGUGUGGUGUCAUCAGCAGGCGCAGGCCCCCAAGCUGAUCCGCUACCGACACCGGGUUGAUGUACAGAAGCUGAAGGCUGGUUUCCACCACAUCUGGGGCUGUGGAGAAUGUUGUAAACAUGUUUUCUAACAGCUGUUUACAAACUAACUGUUGUAUUUC